CGCGCGUAUGAUCUGAUGACGUGGAGCUGCCGUUCGCUCAGCUGCGCGAGAGGAUGGCGGACCAGAGCAGGCAAACCAAACUCGCUGCAGCCAAGAAAAGGCUGAAGGAGUUUCAGCAGAAGACUACACCAUCUACAGGAAGUGCUGGACCAAAGAAGAAGAGGAAAGUCAAAGGAGGAGAUCAGCCUGACACACCUGCUGACAGACACUCGCCUGACAAUGUGAGUCAGAUUGAGAAUAUUCUCAAAGUUUUGGUGUCUGAUGUUAGCGUGACUAAUGGAGUUUCUCAGCCUCCAUUUGUCAACAGCAGUAAGGAUCAUGUGGAUGUGGUGAACCGGGUCUCUCCGGAUCUGGAGGAGACCAGCGCUGAACCUGAGCGAGACUCAGCUGUGUGUAACCUCGCUUCUGCUAUUAACACUGAGUGUGUCGCUGAUAACGCUGUCCUGCAGCAGAAUUCGACAGCAGAUUCAAAUGGUGAUCAGCAUCAUGUGGAAGAAAACCGGACGCUGUCAUCUACAGAGAGUUUGAGACAGCUCUCACAGCAGCUCAAUGGACUUCUGUCUGAAUCAACAACAUACAUCAAUGGAGACAGCGGACCGCCAACUGUCAGUGAGAAAGACCUGGAGACUCGCAACCAAGAGCUGGCAGCUGCGCUGGACUCCAGCACGCUAACAAAUGCGCAGCUCACAGCUAAACUCGAGACACUGACGAAGCAGACUCGAGAGCUUUCUGAACAACUACAGAAGGAGCGUAAAGAUUUUGAACACAAGUUUAAUAAGGAACAGGGCGCUAUGCGUGAACAGCUACAGGUUCACAUUCAAACCAUCGGCAUCCUUGUAUCAGAGAAAUCAGACCUACAGACGGCCCUGUCUUACACACAGCAGGCAGCACGACAGAAAACAGUUGAGGCAGAGGAUCUGAACUCGAGGCUUCAUGCCAGUAAACAGCGAGUGUCUGAACUCGAGAGAACAUUAUCUACAGUCUCUACUCAGCAGAAACACUUUGAGAAGCAUAAUAAAGAACUUGAAAAGGAGAGGGACCGUUUACGAUUAGAAGUCCUCAGAUUUAAUAAUUUGAAUGAGGAGUCCAGACAGCAGAGCUCUGAACUUUCUGAGCAGCUCAAGCUGAGAGUAAACGAGAAUAACGCCAUGAAACUGGAACUGAAUGAAUUACGCAAGCGUCUGGAGAUGGCCGACGACAUACUGCAACAGUUCUCCAGUGAGUCUGGUCCUCCGUCGGAACAUCAGCAGGUUCAACUCCUCCUGGAAGAGAAACACCAUUUAGAGGCUCACACUGCUCAGUUGGUGGAGUCAGUCACUCAGCUGCAGUUAGAGAGAGAUCAGUACGCUGUACAGAUACAAGAAGAGGGACAAGUGUGGAAAGACAAGACUGAACAACUGCUGUCACAGAUGCGUGUAAUGUCAGAGGAGAGGGACAGCAAUGCAGCAAAGAUUCAAGAGCUGCAGGAGAAAAUCACAGAACUGGAGAACGCUGCAGCUGUGAUGAGUAAAGAGCAGGAAGCUCAGUCAGUGUCACAGAUCUCAGGUCAGUCAGAAACUGAACUGGCCCUUCAGGAAACCAUCAACAGCCUUCAACAUGAGAGAGACGCUCUCAGUCUACAAUACCAAGCACAGGUGCGGGACAAUGAGCAGCUGAGUCGACUAGUUCAGGAACAAGAGAUGAGACUGGAGCAACUGGAGAGACAAACGGAGCGCACGGCCGACGACGCUCAAAAUCGACUGCGCAUUCUAGAAGACGCACAAAGCGACAAAGCCACCAUCAGCCGCGCACUCGCGCAAAACAGAGACCUCAAAGAUCAGCUGGCCGAACUUCAGAACGGCUUUGUUAAGUUGACCAAUGAGAACAUGGAGUUGGCCAGCGCUCUUCAAUCAGAGCAGCACAUCAAGAAGGAGAUCGCUCAUAAGAUGGGUCAACUGCAGGAAGAUCUGCACAAUGCCAAAGAACAGCUGCUGGAGAAGUCGCAGGAAGUGACGUCAGUGCAGGAGCAGAGAGAUCAGUAUCUGGCCCAUCUGCAGCAGUACACAGCUGGAUAUCAGCAGCUCGUGUCUGAACGAGAACAUCUGCACAAGCAGUUCCUCCACCAGGUGCAGCUGAUGGACCGAUUGCAGCACGAUGAGGUGCAGGGCAAAGUUCAGCUGGAGCAGAGUCACCAGGAGCUCCAGCAGGCGCAGGAGAAGUUGAAUCAGCUGGCUAGAGACAACGAAGAGUUGAAGACUGAAGUGCAGGAACUGUUGAACAGCUCCACACUGAAUCCAUCACUCAGAGAUCAGGGUGAUGGGUUGGAAAGUCAGUCACUCCCAGAGAGCUUCCUGAAAUCUCAGAUAGUCAUUCCAGAAGACUUUGAGAGCAGAGACGAUAUGGAGCAGUUUGUGCAUUCUGCUCUAUCACGUCUGGAGGAAGAGCGAGAUGAGAUGAGCCGGCAGUUUGAGGAAGAGAGGAGACUUCAUCAUGCUGCACGGCAACAGAUGGCGGCCAUGAGCCACGAGCAUCAGCGUCAUCAUCAUCAUAACAGUACACCUGGAGAAACAGGGAGCUCGGAUAGCGUUCCAGUGGAAGUUCAUGAGGCUCUGCGUGUUGCUAUGGAGAAGCUUCAGGAGCGUUUCACAGCUGUCAUGCAUGAGAAGGUGGAUCUGAAGGAGAGGGUGGAGGAGCUCGAGCAUCGCUGCAUUCAACUUUCUGGAGAAACAGACACUAUCGGUGAAUACAUCGCGCUGUAUCAGAACCAGAGAGCCAUCAUGAAACAGAGACACUUUGAGAAAGAGCAGUACAUCAACAUGCUGGCCAAAGACAAAGAGGAGAUGAAGGCGAAGCUAGCAGAGCUGCAGGACCUGGUGAUGCGUUUGGUGGGCGAGAGAAAUGAGUGGUACAGCAGGUGCAUGAGUCCCGUCAGUAAUCCAGACCUGCUGCUCGCUGGAGAAGACCACAUUCACCCUGCAGAGCGACUCGAGGAGCUCAACGGGGAGGACAGCCCAGCGAUUCUGGACAUGAGCUCAACGAUUGAUCUUCAGUCUUCAGCACCUCAGUCCAGCACAGACCCUGAGAUUCAGUACCAGAGCCCUGAGAGACCAGGAUCUGGACCAGACCUCUCCGCAGGCCCGUCUCUGAGACCCAAAGAAGAUGGCACCGCCCGUCAGAUCAUGCAGCUUCUGCAAGAGAUCCAGAACCCUCAGGCCAGACCCCCUCUCUUCCUGGGAGAAAACCCCUGCAUCCCUUUCUUCUACCGGCCCGAUGAACAUGAUGAAGUGAAGAUCUUGGUGGUCUGAUAAAUGUCUGUUGUGUUUCUCUGGUCUUGAAUCUCUCUCUGUCAGUCUAACGGGGCGAAUUGAAAUCUAUUGACCUGAUCUUUCCUGAUUGGAUUUUAUUGGGCAAAAUGGACACAGAUAUUAAGGGUGUUUGGGAUUUUUGUCUUCUCCUCAUCUCUCUGAUUUCUAGAGUAAAUGAGAGAAAUGCAAUGCUCUCUGGACUUCUGGAGACCUUUGGCAUUUGGUUUUGGGUGUAAACCAGAUAUUCUAUAAACAAUAUCAGUUCUUGCUGCUCCUGUAUCCUUUGCCUGAUUGACUUUAUUUUUCUACACUUUAUUAAACAUAGGUGCAAUAGAUAGGUGAAAUUUUCCGACAGAUCAGUAAUCAGCUCUGGAAAGCCAAUGAUCCAUAUAAUUAAGGUUCCAUGAUUCAUAUAUAUUCUGUCCAAACAGUUGGAGUUGAUGCUAAAAGUUAACAGCAAUGGCUCUGGGACAGCAAAACACACUUAAAAACACACACUUACUAGGGCUUGAUAAGGAAUAUGAUUGAUUUGAUAGAGCAGGUUUGGACAAGGGGAUUUCCUAAAGAAGCAAAUAAUUCAUCGUUUGUUAGCUCGCAAAGAAAGUAGGGCAAAGUAUUGAGAAGGUAAUGUAAUGUAGAAUCACAACUAGGAAUUGAAUCAGAACUAGCGACUGAAUCGGAGAACUAGGGACCGAAUCAGAUAACUAGACAUUGAAUCAGAACUAUGAGCUGAAUCAGAGUACUAGGGACUGAAUCAGGACUACAAACUGAAUCGCAGAACUAGGAACUGAAUCAGAGAACUAGGUACUGAAACAACUAGGGACUGAAUCAGUGAACUAGGAACUGAAUCAGAGAACUAGGGACUGAAUCAGAGUACUAGGGACUGAAUCAGAGUACUAGGGACUGAAUAGGGACCAUGAACCGAAUAAGAACUAGGGACUGAAUCGGAGUACUAGGGACUGAAUCGGAGUACUAGGGACUGAAUCGGAGUACUAGGGACUGAAUCGGAGAACUAGGUACUGAAUAGGGACCAUGAACCGAAUAAGUACUAGGGACUGAAUCGGAGUACUAGGGACUGAAUCGGAGUACUAGGGACUGAAUCGGAGUACUAGGUACUGAAUAGGGACCAUGAACCGAAUAAGAACUAGGGACUGAAUCGGAGUACUAGGGACUGAAUCGGAGUACUAGGGACUGAAUCGGAGUACUAGGGACUGAAUCGGAGUACUAGGGACUGAAUCGGAGUACUAGGGACUGAAUCGGAGUACUAGGUACUGAAUCGGAGAACUAGGUACUGAAUCAGAGAACUAGGUACUGAAUAGGGACCAUGAACCGAAUAAGAACUAGGGAGUGAAUCAGUGAACUAGGGAGUGAAUCUGAACUAGAACAUUUUGCAGAUUCAUGAAUCGUUUGGUUUGUGCUGUUUAGAAUUGUUUGAACAGGAAAUGUAAGAAUCGUAAUAUCCAGUUUAUGAACUGAGGGUUUGUGAUGGAACAAAUUAAUCUGUUUUUGAAUAUGACAGCAAGUUUAGCAGAAAACUCAUUCUGCUGUUGAAAAGAACAAACUUCUCCAAUGCUUAAUUAGGAGUUAAAUGGACAUCACAAUGUUUCAUGUAAUGCCACUAAUUGUCAGGGUUGUUUAUUCUUUUCAGUUGUAUUUUCAUUGGCCAUUAUUUAGUUUAAUCAAGGGGGAAUUGAUUGGCAGAUAUAAUUUCAGAUUUUCCCCCUACAGACACAAGCACCUUGUGUUAGUCCAGAACGCAUGACCCAUCAAAUCAAAACCUUUGGGAUGUUUGAGUGUUUAUAGAGAUGAUGGUGAUUGAGGCUAACUCUAUGAUGCUAGCUGUGUUUCGGCUGAGAGUUUGAGUGUCGAUUUGUAGAACAGUGAAGACUAGUGAACGAUGAUGUUAAGCGAUUAAUCGACUGUUUAAGUGCACAAGUUUAUGAAAGUUGUAUAUUUUAUACAAAUAUCAGAGUUGGUAAUGAUUCCUUUUACAUGAGCAGGACUUAGAGUGACUUCGUCCCCAAACAUCCUUUAUUAGAGUGAAAACGGCCCUACAAUACUUUCAAGAGGAUUAUGGGUGUUUACAAUCACUUCUCAAAUGGAUUUGGAAAUAUUGUUUAUGUAAUGCAUUAUAAAGCAUAUUAUACACCUUAUCAGUUGUGUGUUCAUAAAUGUAACCACAAUUAUAAUGCAUAAUACUUACCUACUGGAAUGCAUACACUUCAAAAAUAUAGAUAUAUUUUUUGAGACUUCUUGUUGUGUUCUCCAGUAAAAAUAUCUAAACAUUCUUAAAACAAGAUGAAUUUACUUGAGAGGCAGAAUUAUAUUUACGACAUAAGAUGUCUUGUUUUCAUCGAAAUCUAACAAACUUCAGUAAAGUUUGUUUGAAAGUUUGUGUGUGUGUGUGUGUGUGUGUGUGUGUGUGUGUGUGUGUGUGU